AUGACUUCCGCACCCACAAUACAGCCCAAGUUCUUGCCCAACAGGCAUGACCUAGGCAUCGUCGCAGUCGGCUUCAGCGGCGGCCAGCCCAAAGCCGGCGUCGACGCCGCCCCCAUGGCGCUCAUCGAAAACGGCCUCAUCAAGCAACUAGAAGAAGACCUAGAAUUCAAAGUCAGCUACGAUGGCCAAGUCCACAACUACACCGAGCUCCAGCCCUCAGAAGACCCAGACUACCGCGGCAUGAAGCGACCCAAAUUCGCCUCAGCCGUAACAAAGCAAGUUUCGGACCAAGUCUACGCCCACGCCUCUUCGGGCAAACUCGUACUCACACUCGGCGGCGACCACUCCAUCGCCAUCGGCACCGUCUCCGGUACCGCAAAAGCCAUCCGCGAGCGUCUGGGCAAGGACAUUGCGGUCAUCUGGGUCGAUGCACACGCUGAUAUUAACACGCCUGAGACGAGCGACAGCGGGAAUAUUCAUGGUAUGCCGGUUAGUUUCCUGACGGGAUUGGCGACGGAGGAGCGCGAGGAUGUGUUUGGUUGGAUUAAAGAGGAGCAUCGGUUGAGCACGAAGAAGUUGGUGUAUAUCGGGUUGAGGGAUAUCGAUAGCGGGGAGAAGAAGAUCCUGAGGGAGCAUGGUAUCAAGGCGUUUAGUAUGCAUGAUAUCGACAGACAUGGUAUCGGAAAGGUCAUGGAUAUGGCCCUGGGCUGGAUUGGAAGCGACACACCUAUCCAUCUCUCCUUCGACGUCGACGCUCUCGACCCCAUGUGGGCGCCCAGCACCGGUACUCCUGUUCGUGGCGGUCUGACUCUCCGUGAGGGCGACUUCAUCGCAGAGUGCGUUGCCGAGACUGGUCAGCUCAUCGCGUUGGAUCUCGUUGAGGUUAACCCCAGCCUUGAUGCUGAGGGUGCUGGCGACACUGUCCGCGCUGGUGUUUCAAUUGUUCGUUGCGCGCUUGGUGACACUCUUUUGUAA